GACAGGCUCCGACGCUGCUCCAGUCGCUUGCUCACCACCAGGAACUUGAUCGCAUGAUGCCUCCCCCACUCUUUCUCCACGCGGUACGUGGCUCAUACGGUUGCACCGUCUCAGUCAAACGCUGUCCACUUCAGCCUACUCGAAUCAGUGAGGGCGUCCGACUCUGCCCGUCGAAUGCCGCUGAAUUCUCUCAAGAGUGUACCUUCGGAGAGAAAGUCUGGCGCAACCCUGUUUGGAGCUUAGUUCGGUGCGAAACUGUGGUCGAGGCUCAUAGCGACGCAGCAUUUGGAGGAGAACAGCAAAGUUCACAGGAGUGCAAUUUACCUCGAUUAGUGCACACUUCCUGCUCUGGAGUCUGUCCAUCGUGGGGAUUCACAUCAGAAGCAGAACCCUGAACCUGCACCGACAUAUUGCCACCACUACAUAAUGAAGCGCACUUCUUUUUGAUUUAAACUCUUAGAAGUUAUGGUGUUGUGGGAUUCUUUAGAUUAUUUUUUAUUUUAUUUUAUUUUAAUUUAUUUCUUGGCACAAAUGAAAUUUUAUUUCA